AUGGAAACAGAGCGCUGGAAGGAAGGGAGUGGAAACCAGCAAGGAGGRGUUACAUUUUUUCCCCCAUUUUUCUUUUUUCUGUGAACAUUUUAAAAUAAUCCUCCUCAGCAGAGCCUCUGAUGAAGGAUCAGAGACUAAAGGAGCUCUAAAAGUGGCGCCUUGUGCAGCUCGGAGCAAAUUAAAGAAGAUUUAAAUUGAAGGUUUGCAGCGUCACCGCCGCUUUUUCACGUCCAUUCUUACAUAUUUUUUUUGUUAUAUUUUAAAUAUUUUUUCUUCAUGUAAACUGUGCAUGCUCGCUGCAGAUCAGAUCUUUAUAUUUAGACUCCUGCUGGGACUAAAUAUAGUCCGUGUUUAAAAGGAGAGGUGAUCCGAUCAUUUACAUCUGACUGGGAUUUUAUAGACCAACGCGUUUUUUUUUUAAACCAGUCACCAAACCGGAUGUUUGAAUCAUCUGGAGUCUUAUUUUCUCACAUUUCUCUCCUUGAGGUGCAGGUUUGAAUCCUCUCCGUCUCCUCCCGCCAACAGAAGCCAUUUUUAAGUCUUUGAUCUUUUUUUAUUUAUUUUUUGUUUCCGAGCCUGAAAGCUGCUCCACCUCCUCCUCCCUCUUCCUUCCACACAUCAUGGCUCGGGUUUGGCUCUUUACCUGCGCCGCGCUGGCUCUCCUCCUCGUGGAGCUGAGCGGCUCCGGAGCCGGAGCGAAAACCGAGCGGGCCGAGUCCGAGAGCCCGCCGGUGGUCACGCUGCGCACCGUCAUCACCGGGACCUGCCAGGAGCUCCAGCGGUACGCCGAGUCGGUUCUGGGGACCAACGUGAUCCGAUCCGCCGCUGAGAGYGCAGUGCUGUUUCUAGAGUCACUGCUUGGUCAGGAGAACGUCCAAACAAUGGCCAUGUUUUUUGAAACGGUGAUCCGAUUCUUGGCCGAGGGAGCAGCCAGCGGCCUGAACGUCAUCGCCGUUUACGUCUCAGAGAUCCUCCGGGUCACAGGAUUCGAUGUUGCCCGGACAUUGCCCCGCUUUACUCCAGAGGGUGUGACUGCCCUCGCCCAGUGGGGUUUGGUGGGCCUCAUCGGGUACUGGGUGCUGACCAUCAUUCUCCGCCUGCUGAUCGGCGUCUUUAGGCAGGUGUUCUGGGUGGUGAAAAUGGUCUUGGCGCUCUGGCUUUUUGGACUGAUUGUGACCGACAAGCACGCCUCCGCGGAGACGACGGCCAUCCGAGUGGGGGUCCUGGUCCUGGCGUUCGUCCUGCUGACUCUGCUCACCUCCGGCUUCGAUAAGUCUUCUGCCGUGGAGCACCGGCUGAACAGGCUGGAGAGGCGUGUGAGAGAGGUGGAGCGGACAAAAGCUGAUUAGAGAUAGGGACGAGGCUGAUGUCAGUACAGACACACACACACACACACACACACACACACAAAAACGUGGUGACUAAUGAUUUAUCUGUUACAAACUUGAGAAAUAAAGUAAUCUUUGACAUUUUUAAA